AUGGUGGUUGGACUGCAGUUCUUGCUUUCUAGAGUCGAGCAGGAUGUGCCAAAAGCGGUUCCUGCAGAGGUGAAGGUGGAGAAGAAGGAGGACGCGCAGGAGAGCCCUGCUCAGGUAGACAUCCCGACGCCGACAACCACUGUGGAGGCGGAGAAGCCCAAAGCCACGAAGGAGAGCCCAGUCGAGGCCGCCCCUGCCAUUGUGGCAGAGACCAAGGUGGAAGUUCCAGAGCCCGUCAGCGUGUCUAUCCAGGCGGAUCCGGCACCCUCUGCAGAGAGGGCGGAGGUGGCCACUCCUCCUCUUCACAAGGAGGAAGCCGCCGCCAUCCCGGUGGCGCCUGCCAAGGAGCCAGAGAACACCAAGGCCCCAUCGGAGGAGGCCAUUGUGGCUUCACCGUCGGCCAGUUCCGGUGCCGUGGCUGCUGUCACUGUCACACCACCAAGGACAAGCAACUGCUACAGCUGGAUCCGGCGGCUCUUUUUCUGA